AUGGCUCCCCACGCAAGUUCGGAUGUUGCUGCCAAUGGCGCCGUGAACGGGUCGGCUCGUGCCUCGACCACCCCCCUGUUUACCGUCAACUCGCCCAAUGUCGUCUACACCGACACCGAGAUCAAGAGCAAGUAUGCCUACCACACCACCGAUGUCACCCGCACCGCCGACAACAAGUUGGUGGCCACCCCCAAGGCCACUGACUACCACUUCAAGGUCGACCGCCGCGUCGGCAAGGUUGGUGUCAUGAUGGUCGGCUGGGGUGGCAAUAACGGCUCCACCGUCACCGCCGGUAUCAUCGCCAACCGUCGCGGUCUCACUUGGGAGACCCGGGAAGGCACCCAGGCGUCCAACUACUACGGCUCCGUCGUCAUGGGGUCCACCAUCAAGCUGGGAACCGACGCCAAGACCGGAGAGGAGAUCAACAUUCCCUUCCACGACAUGCUGCCCAUGGUCCACCCCAACGAUCUCGCCAUCGGUGGUUGGGACAUUAGCGGCAUGAACCUCGCCGAAGCCAUGGACCGGGCCGGAGUGCUCGAGCCGACGCUCAAGCAGCAGGUGCGCAAGGAAAUGGCCGAGAUGAAGCCGCUGCCCAGCAUCUACUACCCGGACUUCAUCGCGUCCAACCAGGAGGACCGGGCCGACAAUGUGCUCGAGGGCUCCAAGGCCUGCUGGGCCCACGUGGAGAAGAUCCAGCAAGACAUGCGGGACUUCAAGGCGCAGAACGGCCUCGACAAGGUGAUCGUCAUGUGGACGGCCAACACCGAGCGGUACGCCGACAUUCUCCCCGGGGUCAACGAUACCGCCGAGAACCUGGUCAACUCCAUCAAGACCGGCCAUCUGGAGGUGUCCCCCUCGACCGUCUUCGCCGUGGCGUGUAUUCUGGACAACGUGCCGUUCAUCAACGGUUCCCCCCAGAACACCUUCGUGCCCGGUGCCAUUGACCUGGCCGAGAAGCACAAGGCGUUCAUCGGCGGUGACGACUUCAAGUCGGGCCAGACCAAGAUGAAGUCGGCGCUUGUGGACUUCCUCAUCAACGCCGGUAUCAAGCUCACCUCGAUCGCCAGCUACAACCACCUCGGCAACAACGACGGCAAGAACCUGAGCUCCCAGAAGCAGUUCCGCUCCAAGGAGAUCUCCAAGUCCAACGUGGUGGAUGAUAUGGUGGCGGCCAACCAGAUCCUCUACGCUAAGGACGAGCACCCCGAUCACACCGUGGUGAUCAAGUACAUGCCGGCUGUGGGCGACAACAAGCGCGCGCUGGACGAGUACUACGCCGAGAUCUUCAUGGGCGGCCACCAGACCAUCUCGCUGUUCAACAUCUGCGAGGACUCCCUGCUGGCGUCGCCUCUGAUCAUCGAUCUGGUUCUCAUCGCCGAGAUGAUGACCCGCAUCAGCUGGAAGGCUGACGAGGCCGGCGAGUACAAGGGCUUCCACAGCGUGCUCAGCGUGCUGAGCUAUAUGCUGAAGGCUCCUCUGACCCCGCCUGGCACUCCGGUCGUCAACGCGCUGAACAAGCAGCGCAGCGCUCUGACCAACAUCUUCCGUGCUUGCGUCGGCCUGCAGCCCGAUCUUCUGCAGCGCUCCAAUCUCCGAGUACGCAUUCAAGGCCAACUGCCCGCCCAGAUGCGCGUAGAGCACAUUGCCCAUAAUCUUGCCCUUGCGGAUCAAAUCGACCAUGCCGGCGAAGCUCUUGCCCUCGUACACGGGGUCCGUGAUGAACGCCUCCAUGCGGGCGGCAUACUCGAUGGCGUCCCACGUCGCCUUGUCCGGGAUACCAUACGUGCCAGCAUGAUACCCCUCCUCGAGGAGCACAUCCUCCUCGGUAACAUCCUCCGCGCUCAGCCCAAUCUUAACCGCCGUAUUCUUCGCAAUGCGCAGCACCUGCGCCCGCGUCUCCGCCGGCUUCGCCGACGCAUCGAUCCCCAGCACCGUCCGCCGCGGCUCGUCCGGAUACAUCCUCUCCAGCAACUUAAACCCGGCCACCAUGCCCGCCAUCGUCGACCCGGUCACCGCACACACCACGAUCGUGCCAAACCGCACCCCCAUUUCCCUCUCCUGCUCGCGCACCUCAAACGCCCACCGCGCAAACCCCAGCCCGCCCAGCGGAUGGUCCGACGCCCCCGCGGGGAUAUAGUACGGCCGCUCCCCGGCCGCCUCGCACUCCGCCCGCAGCGCCGCCAGCGUCUGCUUGUGCUCGAUGCCGAACCCGGACGCGUCCAGCCGCACGUCCGCCCCCAUCAGCCGCGACAGCUGGAUGUUGCCGACCCGCUCGUACCCCGGGUCCGUCCAGUCCACCCAGUGCUCCUGCACGAGCCGCGCCUUCAGCCCCGUGCGCGCGGCGGCGGCGGCCACCUGCCGCGUGUGGUUGCUCUGCACGCCGCCGAUGCUGAUGAGCACGUCCGCGUGCUGCGCGAGCGCGUCGGCGACGAGGUACUCGAGUUUGCGGGUCUUGUUGCCCCCGUAGGCGAGCCCGGAGUUGAGGUCAUCGCGCUUGGCGUAGAUGGUUGCGCUGGUAUUGAGGUCGGCGGUUAUGCGGGGGAGGGCGUGGAUGGUUCUCUCACUGCUAUUCACGGCAUCAUGUUCUCGUUGGAAAAACAGCAAAAACCAACAGUAGAUAAUCCUUUGGCCCCACACCACAACACUCACCCCAACCAGCCGUCAAAACAACAACACAAAACCCCAAGAACAAUCAAAAUGCCCAAAGUCCUGAUCCUCGCAACCCGCAGACCCGACAUCUCCCCCGCAACAUUCCGCACGCGCUACGAAGCACACGUCGACCUCCUCAAACGCAUCUCCACCUCGGACUUUCCCCUCUCGCACCGGCGCAGCUACAUCGCCCGCACAGCGGCCACCACCACCACCUCUCCGCCGGAAAACGAGCAACCACCCCCGCGCAAUGCAGCCACCCCAGCCGCGGUGAUAGUCGGCCAGCAGGCCGACUUUGACUUUGACGCCGUCGCGGAACUGACCUUUGCCGAUGACGCCGCGCUGCAGGCGUUUAUGGCGAAGGUGUCGGCGCCCGAGGCGGCGCAGCAGAUUGCGGCGGAUGAGGAGGGGUUUUUGGAUCGGGGGCGGUUGAGGAUUGUCAUAUAUCAGGUCAAUGCAUUUUUCUAG